CCUGCACGAGGCCCCGCCCCACCUGCGCGAGGCCAUCGCGGGGAGAUGGCGACUUCACCGGACGCUACCUCCUCUGCGCUGCCGCCCUCCCAGCUGCCCCCGGUGGUCCGCCUCAACGUGGGGGGGCUGCACUUCACCGCGGCGCUCGGCACCCUGCGCAGCGCCCCCGGCUCCCGCCUCAGCGACCUCUUCGGCGAGCCGCCCGGCCGCCCGGCCUCCCCGGGGGAGGCGGCCGCCGCGGCCGCGGCCGCGGCCUGGGAGGGCCGCCAACCGCCCCUGCGGUUGGACGAGGAGGGCCGCGUGUUCCUGGACCGCGACGGCAGGCACUUUGGGCACGUGCUGGCCUUCCUGCGGGAGGGCGCCACGCCGCCGGCCGAGGCCCCCAACGGGCUCCGGGAGGCCCUGGCCGUCCACGCGGAGGCGACGUUCUGGGGCCUGGAGGCCAUGGCCAGGGCCCUGGAGGAGGCGCCGGCCCUGUUCGGCGAGAUGGUGGCACGGAGGCAGUUCUGCGCGCAGGUGCCCAGCUACCGCGAGAACAUCGAGAUCAUGAUCCGCGUGGCUCGCGCCGAGGCCCUGGCAUCCCGGGUAUCCCGAGUUCUGGUCCACGUGAACAAGAGCUCCGAACACGAGCUCCACGACCACCACCACCACCACCACGAUGGGGGUGCCAGGCGCGCACACGCUUGCUCUCUCCACGGGGAGCAGUACCUCGUCAACUUCGGACCCUGGAGUGUAGAGCCUGGGGUUCGGGACCUCCUCGAUUGUGUCAAGGUGGACGUGGAGGCACUGGGCUACCGCGUCACCUGGGAGGAGCGGCUGCCCCCACCGGGAGAGGGGGGUGGCGACCGGGGGGCGGGGCUCGCUGGGCUCUUCCGCGGGCCCCCGGCUCCCCCCCCAUCCUGCGGCCUCUACGAGUUCCUCUUCCACUGGUGGUGACCUCGGUGGGGGGCUCGUGGGGGGGGGGGGAGGGGGGGCGGAGAGAUUUCGGGGGAGUGGGGGGGGGCAAGGUCAAAAGGUGCCCCUAGGCUAGACCCACACAGCAGCAGCAACAAUCAUCGAUUUCCUUAUUGGCAGCAGACUAAAGCACAGGGACAGCUGCCACUGGGGGUACCCCUAGGCGAGACCCACACAGCAGCCAAUCACCGCCCACCUACUGGCAACAGACCGAUGCCCUUCCUCCCAGAUCACUCCUGCGAAUGAGACGCCCAUCCUGUCCUCUCGCCUCGCUAAACAUCAACCUGCACUCCUGAUGAUCAUGAUGAUCAUGAUGAUGAUGAUAUUCAUAUUCUUGGUUCUUUCGGUAAAGUCACGUUGAAGGAAAACAAUG